AUGUCGUGGAGCAUCAUUAGAGACUUGCGGUUUAGCCUCCUUUCCAUCGGCAAAGGGAGCGGAGAUGCUAAUAGCGAGACUGUGGAAGCCGCCGUUGCCAGUGACUCAAGUGCUGUGACUCUAGCGAAUGAAGUUGUUGCAAAAGUUACUGUUCAUGAAGUUUCGCGAGAAGGUUCUGCUGUCGUAACGGCAGCAGCAGAGUCGAGUUGUCGUUUGGCACCAGAAAUUGACUUGACGGAUGGUCGUGAUAAGUUGACUGACGGUGGUGAAAUCCCGACGGAGUUGACAGCCAAUGGCAGCAGGACGCGUGGAGAGGAGGAGGAAAGGAGAGCAGGAGGGUGGGAAAGGCUUGAUGAGAUCGAGGGUGAUGCAGAGGGGAGUGGAGACGGGGCGGGCGGAAGGGGGGGAGAGGCGGAGGGCGGAAGGGAAGGACUGGGUGAAGGCGGAAGGGCAAGGGUGGAGGAGGGCGCUAAGGGGGAAGGAUUGGGGGAGGGUGGGAAGAUGGAAGAAGGGGGGGAUUCACCUAUGAUUACAUUACUUCAAGCCGGGUCUGGGGAGGAAGAGUUAGAAUUGCGGGCAAGUGAACGGGCAGCAGGAACUGCAGAAGUGUCAAGCGCUGGGAACGGGGAGAAUGGGGCAGCAGCAUUGGGCAGCGCUGCUUGCUUGAUCAGUGCUGCUGUUGAGGAGAAGGAGACAAGUGCUGCAGAGGACAUGAGUGCAGCAGCAGCAGCAGCAGCAGCAGCAUUGGGAAGUGCUGGUGGCACGAGCAGUGUUGUUGCAGACAAGCAGCAAACAAGUGCUGUGAUGGGGGCGAGCCUGUCAGGGCGACAAGUACCUGAUAUGGCGACCCUCCCCCUUCCCACACCAGCAACCUCAUUCCCUUACCCUUUUACCUUCUCCGUUUCCUCCCCAUCCCUCUCUCUCCGAUCCCCCAUCCACACCCCUCCUCCCUCCUGCUUAAUCAGAAGCUUUCCCACAGCCUCAGCUCUCCCAUUAUUCCGGGGUUCUGCAAAGUUCCGUGAAGUACUGCUUGUGGGCGGUGUGGAGGCUCUUUUGAAAGGCUCCUCUGACGACAUAGGGUGGCUGAAAAAGGACCAUGCGCUCCCCCCUGUGACGGAUGUCACUGACAAUUACGAGGCGAUUCUGGAGUGUGUCAUGAGUGGCAUCCAUGCGCUGCCCGACAACCUGGUCUACCUUUUAAUUCCGGGGUUAUUCAGCAAUCUUAGCCCGCUCUAUCUGUUUGACACCAAGAAGCAUUUUUCCUCCAUCGGCCUCGUCUGCCACAUUGCCAAGAUCCACAGCCAGGUGAGCGUCAGGGUCUUUUUAUUCUUUCAAUCCAUGACUCCUCUUUCCCUCUUCUCCCCCAUCCUCCCUUCCCUUUCCUUCCCACAAACACCCCUUUCCCUCUCCCACUCCCCCUGGCUCCCCAUAAAAGCCAACUCCACAGCUCCAAUAGAAGCCAACGCUAUAGUCAUCCGUGACUAUAUCGAAGAGCUUUAUUGGGCGACGAAGAAGAAGAUCUUGAUCUUAGGCCACAGCAAGGGCGCCAUGGAUGCAGCAGCAGCCCUCUCCCUCUACCAGCCCCUCCUGCUUGACAAAGUCGCCGGUCUCGUCUUCAUUCAGAGUCCCUACGGGGGAAGCCCUGUGGCAUCGGAUUUGCUCCGGGAAGGGCAGUGGGGUGACGUGGCAUCCCGCACGAUUCUUGGGAUUCUCAUGGAUAAGAUUUUCGGGGGGGAUAUCCGGUGCUUGGACGAUUUGACCCAUGCGAAAAGGAGGGAUUUUCUCGCGAAGCACCCGUUUCCGGUGGGGGAAAUUCCGAUACUGUCCUUUCAUACGGAGGCGAGUAAGGCGGCAGCAGUGGUGGCAUCGCUGUCGACUGUGGCGCAUACUGAAGUGCCGUGGCUGGCGCAGCAGAAUGCAAAGCUGGCCGUUGGAUUCCCGCUGUCGGCUGGGCUUGCGAUCGUGGCCGUCCAUCUGGAAUACAGGUACGGAGCAGCAAGCGACGGGCUGGUGACAAGGGCUGAUGCAGAGGUGCCGGGGUCAGUGGUGGUGCGGAGCAGACGGAAAUUAGACCAUGCCUUCAUGGUGUUCCCCCCCACCAGCGGAGUUGGGGGAGGGGGAGGGGGAGGUGGAGGGGGGAGUGGCGGAGGGGGGAAUGGGGGCGGGGGGAGAGGGGGAGGAGUGAGUGGGGGAGGGGGAAGUGGGGAGUCGGGAGCUGGGUCAGCGUGUGUGCAUGAGGCGAGUGCUGCUGAGAUGUGUGAGGCCCUGGCGACCACACUGCUGGCAACACUGCAGAUGCGGCCAAAAGAGGCCACCCCAUGA